AUGUCACAGGCUCCCGAGGCUCUCCGAAUUGGCGGAAGGCAAAGCGGCGGCGACGGGGUGGGGGGAGGGCAGCGAUGGGGAGGGGAAGAGGAGCGGCAGCAGGCAAGCUCCCCCUUGCAGGAUCCCUCCUUCGGCCACCGCAGACCCUCUAACUCCCCACUCCCCCCGCCCCCCACCUCCACCCCGCCACCCCAAAGCGCAGACGGCCUUGGAGAGCCGACACCGCCAAGUGCCAAGUUAGUGGAGCGGCCAGCGCUGGAGCGUGGUCUCGCAGUCCCGGAGGAGCCCGGCUCGCCUUCCACCGCAGUCUGCGCCCCCUGCCAGCCCCCGGGGGCGCCCCGCGCCGAGCUCAGCGCGCCAGGUGGAGCAGCCGGGAGCCGCGCGCCAGCAUCUCUGGAGCAACUGCAAAGCGGCCGAGAGCACUGCGCCUGGCGCGAGCUCCCCACACGCGCGGCGGAGGCUGCCCGGCUCCGCGGGUCCCCUCACCCCCGCCCGCCCCCCGCGGGCUCCUGCUAA